AUGCCCUCUACCUCAGCUUACCCCAGCACAUCUCCUUCCCCUGAUCGACCACCAGCACCAACACCGCCCAUGGCUCCCAUCUUACACCAACCUCUUCCUCAUCGUCCCCACAGUCAUCGACCUCCGACCCUCACCACCUAUCCUCCCUGGGACUCUCACCAAUCGUUCGGGGCCACUUCGUUCAAUCAUCCUCAGCAAAAUCUACCAGUCCCACAACUGGACCUACCUCCUCAAAUGUCCACCUCAAAUCACGUCCGACAAUCCUCCUUGGGUCUACACGAUGAAUCCUCCACCACUAACGAAAGUUCCUUUGACUGGGCCUCGGAUCCCGUUCAUGUGCAAAGUGUCCCAUAUCAUUCUUCAGCGUCGUACGGACCUAACCUCCUACCUUCGAGACCAUCAGGAAGUCAUCCUCACGCAAUGAGAAGUUGGACAUUGGAUUCUCCAUCUCGUUCUUCCCUUUCUGCCUCACCUCAGGCGCUUUUGUCAUUGCCCUUGACACGAUCACCAUUGCAUCAUCCUGUUCCCAUCGCUGGCUCUCCCGCAUUUUCAUAUUCGUCCAAUCUAACCCAUCGGUCUAACGAUGCGGGAAGAAGGAUCGUCUCUCUUUCUCCUCACGCUUUGUAUCCCGCUUUACCAUCUACAACAUCUGAAAGAUCGUGGACAGGGACAUCCGGCUCUAGAAGAUCAAGUGAACGUACAGGAGGACCACCUAAGGCGAAAUUAGGUGGACCUGGUGGGAAGACUUACGAAGAGCUGCAAGCGGAGAAGAUGACCAGGUCGACUUCUAGUAAUGGAGAUGGAUCACCGGUCAAGUUGGCGACCACGCCCAUUGCGGUUAAUCGGUUUCUUGACGGUCAGUCACCUCAAGCUGGUGAUAUGUCACCAGGAGGAGAAGACGCUUUAGGGAAUGGAAGGGAGGAAGUGGCGAAAUGGAGAUCCAAACCAGUCUUGGUCCGACUGCCUCCAAGGGAUUAUGAUCCGGAAGAAGUCAUUCCUGAUCCUGCAGACCCAGAGGCUCCGUCUAAAAAACGAGGGGAAUUGUUUCCUUGGCCAAAAAGACCGGUCGAACCGCGUACUGUGCCGUUGCCUGAUAGUCCAACAGAUGCUACUUCUGAGAACGUGUCAGAGGAGGUUGCCGCCCAUACUACCCGACACAACCUCAGGCCUGACCGGAUGAUGCAAGCAGAGGAGCCAACUCCCGAGUCGCUUAUACUAGGAGAAGAAGGUAGACAUCCAAAUAGUAGAGGAUCCACGGAAGUAAACGCUCCUGGAGCGGCCAAAAUGGCGCUACUGAGCGAAGAGACAGCCACUCACGUACGCCAUUCGGCCCUCUACGCCUCGACCUCCCAACCCACCUUGGCCGGCCUGCACUCACCCACCUCAAAUCGCAUGCAAAUGAACGAAGGGUCACCUGACAAAGUGUUCCCUACUCCUCCAAAGUCUAUGCAAUGGAACGAAGAUUCUCCCGACAAAACCCUUUCCUCAAUACACUUGGAAGAUUCCCCUGAGAAGACCCUCUCUUCGAUACAACUUGACCCGGAAUCUUCGGACAAGACUUUCCCCUCCACACAAUACUCUCCGGAUAAAACUCUCCUCUCUAUACAGUCCGACCAAGACUCCCCAAUUAAGGUAUUCUCGGCCAUACCCCCAAACUAUCCUACCAACCACUCAAAGUCAGAGGUCCCUACACCAUUUCAAUCAACACGGGGCUUUCCCAGUGAUUAUAUUCUACCGACUUCUCCUCAUUCAACGCAGCAACACCAUGGAUCUCCCGGGAGACGUAGUGUCCCACUUUUCGGAUUGAACCUACCAGAUCAGUCACCCGUUUCGCAGAGACGAACGGACAUCAUCGUUAAAGAACCUCUUGCUGGUCGAAAGUAUGGAGACGUCAUCUUAGACGAUGCGGACCAUGUCCGACAUCAGAAUAGAGUCUCAAGUAGGGGAGGACUGGGUAAUGAGGCGUUUUUAAAAAGACAACUGGGGGCUUUGUUUAAGGGUCCCGCGGAGAGGAAACUCAGUGGUCAUAGAAAAUCUCUGGAGAUGUCGGUGGAACACGUGGACAAGAACGUCAAAACUGUUGGAGAGAAAGUGGAGAAACGACAGGGAGUAUUCAAAGAAGACGAAUUCGAAGACGUCCCUUUGACCGCUAAUGAAGAUCUCCACCCUUCAUCACACCGACUAGAAACUCAAGGGGAUUUCAGUGAUAAAAUGACCGAUGAAGAAGACAUAAUCACCCCCAGCCCCUUGAAACGGUCAAGAGCGGAACUCGUCUCACCAGAACAACGCACGAAUGGAGAAAGUGAACGCCUGGCGAAAGUAAAUCCAAGCGGACAGGCCCUAGGGAAGAAAGAGGAAGAAGACGUUUUCUCAGCUUCUAUCAUCUCUCCGACCAAGUCAAGGUUCAACAAUUAUCUCUCACGUCAAUUAGGUAGUUUGCUCAAGACUGAGGUACCAAGGGCCAAAAGACGGACGAGUAGCGUGAAUCUGGAUCUUCAGAAUGCUCAAGUUCUCGAAUCAUUGGUAAUGGCGUCAAAUGAGGAUGAACCGGAAGCUGCGGGUAUUUUCGACGGAAGUGAGGGGCUGAACGCAAAAACGAACAAUGAGGGAAUAAAUCCGAAGGAUCGUCCGAGGAUAGAACCAAAGCGGAACAAAAAUGAGGAGGUCAAUCGGGGGGGACUGAAGGAGAGAGAAGAGAAGAAUAUGGAACGAGAAGAUCAAGUAGAAGAAUUACAGAGUGAAGAGUCGGACGAUGAAAUAGAUGGUUAUCAGGUCAAGACAUUGUAUUCGGAGCAGGCUGGACAGGUCCCUAAUAGUCCAGCUUCGGCGAUACAUAAACUCCUAAGAGGACGAGAACAAUCCGAACUGAUCAAUUCUUCAAUCCUUCAGUCUCCACAGUUCAAGCAUCUUUCAAGUGAUGAUGAUAAUGGGGCUCCCACCUCGCCCUUUGCUAGUCAACUGGAUCGAGCUAAAUAUACCAAAAUAGGGGUCCUUCUCGUAAACGAAGGGUUCGAUAACGCGCCGACACAGGAGAUUAAGGACGGAGAUCUUAGCGCGUCAUUGAAAGAAAUUCCGCUUAACAGGAAACAAUCGGCCCAAUUAAUCAACAUGUCUUCUUCACAAUUGGUCAAAGAGGCUGAACCGAUUUCGAAGGUCGACUUCACGGGGACGACUCCCCUAAUGAACUCAACGACAGGAACCCACCAGCCGACAGUGUCCCAAGAUUCAGAUCUUAGAACUAUGGGGAAAAACACAAAGAAGAAUGGUGAAUCCGAAAAAUUAAAACAUCAUCGUACCCUAUCCGCCUCUGCUAAACCUUUCAACCCUCUCAAGAGGAUGCGUCCAACAGCAGCAGUUUUCGUACCUCGUUCCAUAGGAGGAAGUGGGACGCAAUCGAGAACUUCAUCUGUGGAUCUUUCUAGAGAAAUGUCGGUUCGUUCUUCCGUGGAUAUACCGAACGAUUGCACUGUGUAUAACCCCACACCCACAAACAUAGUGGGGACUCAAUGGUCUCGGUCUGUUUUGGUGGGAGAUGAAGCUGAUGGCUCAACGUUUACACAUGGGACUAUUUCGCUCGAGAAUCACGAGACUCACAGCCUGAAGCAUCUUGGGAUGCAAGCGCCGGAUCCUGAAUUCGGGAAGGAUACGGAUAGAAUUGUAGGAACGCUCAGAGCUACUGCACCAGUUUUCGAACCCAUUCGUCAUGACGGAUCGACCUCCCACGCUAGGCAGAUCUCACUAUAUCGUGUGGUACCGGAGCACUCGACCAUGCUGGAGAACAAUAUCAUGCCGACAAGAGGGAUUUCUGAGGAGUUGCAGGGUAUGCAAUCGGAGAUCGAUGAACCACCGGCAGAUUGGAAUGAAGGAAAAGGGGCGGAAUCCGACAGUAUGGAUAAUCAUUCACAUUCACUUCCAAUCAUGGUUACUGGCAUACCUCCUCCGGAAGGACCGCAAACUGCUAGAGAUCAACAGAUCGGGUCUUUGAUGGGUACAUCGAAAGUCCCAGCACAUGAACUCAUAUGGAGUACUCUAGAAGCUGGCGGACCCACCGCGGAUUCUCCCUUCGAAGAUGUACCAAAUAAAUCGGUGAUUGACAUGACCAACCCCGACUUCGAAAAUUCGGGUGGAGUAUCACAUUCUAGUUAUGGUACAUCCAGCCUGAAUGCCGGGGUGCGGUCUGGAGACAUGAUACUCAAUCCGGCUUCGAUGAACAUCCAGGACAACGGUUCGAGAGAGAUGGUAACCCCUAAUGAAGAAGAAUGGCAAUCAGAAUACAUGGAAACACUCAUGAAGCCGGAUGAAGAUGACGAUAUAGAUGAAGGAAUGGAAGAAUUGUUUUAUGCUACUCCUCUUCCUUCUGAUGAAGAUUCAGUAGGAUCGGGAUUGGUACCAUUACCUAUCAGAGGGUCAGCUUCACCUAGAGUCAGUAUCACGGGAAUGGGUGUUGUGGUUGAUGUGGAAGGUAUAUCAGACCUUUCCCCAGCUCCAGCAGAUGAUAUACGUUCACCUCGACAUGAACGUCCGCCAGCAUCCCGAAAACCUUUCAAUUCCCAUUUAUCCAAAGAUGUGCUCGAAGCCACCCUCCCUCCAGAACCACCGGCAGAUGGAAUGGGGAUGGCCAUUUCGUCUUUCCCUCUUGAACAUCAGUCAGGUGGAAUGGACAUCAACAUCCUUCCAUCUCAACCGCUCCCUUCGCGUCAUACUACCACUUUACCCCAAUCUCGAACAGUAGAAGUGCUGAAACCCGACGUACCAGUUUCGGCAAGUACACACGCAACUUCGAAUUCUUUGGUAUCUGCCUCGGCCGGACUUGACAUCCACUUAAAACCAGAAGAGGAGACAAGAUCCUUGAGGAAUCUAUUGGACCCGCAAAGUAAACCAUUUACCAACUUCCAUGUCGGCCAGACCUCAGGCCUACCAAAUGUGGAUUCUCAGAAACCCAGCGAAAGCGAUGAAGACCAUCAAAGACGGAUGUUCAGUCUAAAACGUUCAACCCCUCCAAGACCCAGUGAUCAGAGACAGACUUCAACUCAACAACUUAACCCUCAUAGCUCUACCUUCAAUCCCACAAGCAAAGGGAAAGGGGUUCUAAGACCAAAUGCGGCUCCAUUCAUUUUUGGAUCUCCACCAUCUGUGGAAAGACAAGAAUUUCAUCCUGAUCUUCCGAAAUUAUCUGUUUUAGCUCAGCCUUUCAUGCCCAGGAAAUUGGAUGUCGCUGAACCUGGAUCUCCUAAGUUAUCUGUUUUCGCCCCUGUUUUCAUGCCCAAGGAUUCAAACGUGUCUGAACCUGGAUCUCCCAGAUUAUCCGUGUCCGCCCCUCCUUUCCUGCCCCAGGAUCUAAAUGCGCCCAAGGUUGGACCUCCGGCUUUGUCUGUAUUCGCACCGCCGUUUGUUCCCGACCAUCCAAAAGUCACGGAAUCUUCACAAUCGAACAGGAGUGAUCUUGUCGUACCUCAAAUUCCCGACCCAUCCAUAACGACGUCCUCGCCUCGCCUGGAUCAUAAACAAUCAUCUACCAAUGCACACAAAUCCUCACAUGUUCUUUCCGGAAAUGGUCCACCUUUACAAUUACAUGACUCGCCACAACCCAUGUCUCGAUCUCGUUCUCCAACCUAUCUUCAUAACACUCCACCACACAAGACCAAACAAAGACCUACCGAUGAUGAUUGGCCAUCACCAUCUGAAUCAGCAGCAUUCGAUCCUGAAUAUCUUGACAUUCCCGCUUCUGGUUCUGUCUUCAUUACCGAGCCAGAAUCCGAUCAUAUCCAUCGAGACUCUUCCACACCUCAUAUACGAGUAUCAGCCGAUGAUGAUAAUCGAUUUCGAUCUUGGGUUUAUCCUGUCCAUGCAUCUCAUCCAUCAAUCUCACGAAGACAUACAAUGUCGGGGGAACAAGCAGAAGUACCGGAACCUGUUGCUGGAGCUGGAGUAGCAUCGACAAAAACCACGACGCUAGCUUCACGUGUCCAAGAUCUCCGGACCUUUUUGCAAGUUCAUGGUCGUUUACCCAUCCCAACGUCUGAAGGUGGUAUCGCGUCAACUUCUAGUGAUCAAGUCACAGGUGAAGCGAAUGUGGUGCAAGAACAAGAGAGUAAUGAAAGAGAAGAUGGAUUGUUAAAUGUCAAUGGAACAAAUCUCAGUAGACCCACUGCGAGUGCUCAGAGUAGUGCGGAAUUCCCAAUGAGAGAUGGAGCUGGUAAAGCUCAAGAGAGAGUUGUGUCUCAUACACCAUCUCCGGGUGAAGGAAGUAAAGAGAUGAUGGAUGCUAUUGCUGGUCUUGUUUCAAGUUUGAGGAGUCAUGAGGCGAAUAUGAGAGAUUACGCGGAGAAGAGAGAAGGAGAGGCAAAAGUGUUCAGUGAAGAGGUGAAGGAUGCUUUAGUUGGUUUGACUAAUUCUGUCCAAGAUAUACUCUCUUCACCUGCUCCUAAAUCUCCAAACCCCUUAUUACACCAUAUUUCCGAUAUGUUGGAAAAUCAUUCCCACAUUCUAGAAAGUUUACAAGAAAUGCAAGAUCGUCUUGCCCCUCCUCCUAUUUCUGCAUUUUCAGACUCUUUAUCUCCCUCUCCUCAACCUGAACUCUCAACUCGACCAAACCUUUCUGCCCAAUCACCCGAGUCAGGUUCUUCAACAAACGAAGUAGGACCCCAGAGCGGAUCAAACGAAUCGGUUACAGGACAUGAAAGAGCACAAGAAAUGUUUGGUGCACUCUUAACUGGUCAACAUGCUCUUCUAGAUAAGAUCACUGAACUCUCCGAUCGACACGAUAUCUCCCAUACUGUAUCCUCAGAAGUAGACCGACGUGAUGUUGAAAUUACCGACUUGACUCGUUUGGUGAGAGAAUCGCAAGAAAAGGUGAAGAGUACAGAAGAUACAUUGAUUAUCGUCAAGAGACAAAGGGAUGCGGUGAGGGAUGAAAUGAAUGGGAUGGAAAGUAGUAUCAAGAAGAUGGAAGAGAAACAGAAAGAGAUGAUAGGAGAGAUGGACGCUUGUGUGGCUGCAAGACUUGCUGCGGAGUUGGAAAGGGAUCAUGUCAAGAAGGAAAUGAGUGAGAUGAAGUUGGUAGUUGCUAGAAGGGAUGUAGAGUUGUCAAAAGCGAAUAAGAUGCUCGAAGCAGAACGUAACAAACCUCCCCUUCCUUCCGUUUCCACUCCUGAACUCACCUUACCCCUCCAACAACUCCUUCAAGAUGAAGUCAUCUCCCGUCUCUCUCGACUGGACGAAGCAAUGCACGAAACCAUGUCUUCUCGAGUAAAAGAGUAUGCUCAAGUUUUGGACAGAAACAAACAUCUCGAAACUGAUCUCGACUCACUUCGUAAACGUCUUGAUACCAUAACUGAAGAAAACCUUCAACUUCAACUUGUUCAAACAUCAAAUUCCGAAAUCCAUAAAUCUUCCAUUUCGUCACUUCAACAAUCUCUCCAAAAAGCUAUCUCAGCUAAUGAAACCUCCACCUCGGAAGUUGAAUCAAUACGUGAACAACUCGUACGUUCUCAAUACACCUUGGACGAGAAUCGGAUUUCACAUCAAAGAGAAAUCGAAGGUUUACUCUUAUCGAAACAAGAAGAUAUGAGAAAUUCAGAAAAAGAGAGAAACAAACUUCUGGAAGAAGUCAAAUUCAAAGACCAAGAGUUGAAAGACAUGAAAGAAGAGUCGAACAAAAUGAAAGAAGAAAGAGAUAAUUGGAAGAUGAUUGCCAGAGAGAGAGAAGCUAAAACGAAAUUACAAGAAAUGAGAAUAAAUGGAUUAACACAAGAAUCUUGGGCUUGGAAGAAUUACGCUUUGGAAAUUGAUAGAAAACAAUUCAAGUCGUUUAUCAAACGAAACCCUGAUCUGGCAAAAGGACAAGAGAAAGAUGAAGGGAGAGAAAGAGCUGAUUCGGACGUGACGAUUAAAGGGAAAGAGAAGGGGACUUGGUGGGAUUUGGGAUCUGAUAAAGUGGGAAAUGUUUCUGUGGGAUUAUGA